AGAGGCCAGAAAUGCUGCUAGACAUCCUACAAUGCACAGCCCCCAUGUGAUAAAGAAUUAUACAGCCCAAAAUGUCAGCACUGCUGAAGUUGAGAAACUGUUCUCAGUGAAAGUUUCAACUAAGAGGAAUUUGUUUCCUAGGCCUAAGUCUCCACGUCUGGAACAAAGUAACUCUUGUGUGCCAGGCAGGAGAGGAGCUCUGGGGACAGGAGUCCCACCUGGAAGAAGAGCUCAUCUGACAGGAACCACCCUCACCAGAGCUUCAGAACAUGCAGAAGAACCUAGAAAGGAGUGGGUCCUAAUUUACUCCACCAGAAACAGUUCUAAUUUCCUUGUCCAGAAAGAGCCAGACUUGGUGAUGUUACCACAUACAGAAGCUAUCACAGACUGUGUGACAGUGGAAACUGGACCAGCUUGCAGAAGGUGGUGAGCUGGGGUUGAAAGAGCUUACCCAUCACAGUUCUCUGUACUCUCCCAACAACAGCAGAAAAUGAACACAUCUCAGAUUGAGCAGAAGUGUCCUGUUGCAGGCAUCUGUGUCAUUCAAGGACGUGACUGUGGAAUUCACCCAAGAGGAAUGGCAGCAAAUGGGUCCUAUUCAGAGGACUCUGUAUAGAGAUGUGAUGCUGGAGAACUACAACAACCUCGUCUCAGUGGGGAACUGCAUUUUCAAACCAGCAGUAAUCUUCAAGUUGGAGCAAGGAGAGGAGCCUUGGUUCUUAGAGGAAGAAUUCUCAAACCAGAGCCACCGAGGAGAUUACAGAGAUGAUGACCUGAUGAAGAGGAACAAGAAAAUCCAAGAUAAACACUUGCAGGAAAUAAUAUUCAUCGAUAAUAAACCAUUGACUAUAAAAGAAGAGGAAGUUUUGGGAAAACAGUUUAAUCUGUGCAUAGCUCCUGUUUCAACAAAAAUAUCCUGUAAAUAUGACUCAUGGGGAGUAAAUUUGCAAAAUAUUUCCCAAUUUAUCAUCAAGAAUAGAACCUAUCCUACAAAAAAAACAAAUUGCUAUAGUGUAUGUGAAAAUUUGUCUUUCAAAAUUAAGUUUGAGAGAACUCAUACUGGAGAGGAGUUUCAUGAAUAUAAUAAAAAUGGAAAAGCUCUCAGUUAUAAGGAAAAUCUUCCUGAGAAUCAAAGGUGUCAAACUUUGGAACAAGCUUUUAAAUAUGAUGGAACUGGAAAAGCCGUCUAUGAUGAGGCUGCUUAUGUUACAUGUAAGAGUAUGCACACAAGAGAAAAAUCCUAUAAAGAUGAUGAAUUUAGGGGGAAAAGUGAAAAAAUAACUGUCUUUGACUAUAAAAGAACUGGGAUUGGGGAGAAAUACUCUCCUCUUAACCAGUGUGGUAAAUCCUUCUGUGGGAAAUCAGCUCUCAAGGAAUACAGUAAGUUUAACAUGCCUGUGAAACAUAAUGGAUGUAAUGCAAAUGGAAAUAAUUUCAACAGGAAGUCACACUUCACUCAACUUCAGAGAAUUGUCACGGAAGAGAACCCAUUGGUAUAUGAUGACAGAACACAAACUGGGGAUACAUCCUUUGACUAUCAUGAAAAUAGGAAAUCCUACCAGGUGUCAGCCCACAAAGUAUGCCGGAGAACUCACUCUGAGACAAAACCCUAUAAAUGUAAUGAAUGUGGUAAAUCCUUCUUUCAAAAAGGACAUCUCAUUCAGCAUCAAAGAACUCACACAGGAGAGAAACCAUUUGAAUGUAAUGAAUGUGGAAAAACUUUCUCCCAGAAGUCACACCUUAGUACACAUCGGAGAAUUCACACAGCAGAGAAACCCUAUAAGUGUAAUGAAUGUGGGAAAACAUUUGUCCAGAAGUCAACCCUCAGGGGACAUCAGAGAAUUCAUACAGGAGAGAAACCCUAUAAGUGUAGUGAAUGUGGGAAAACUUUUGUUCAAAAGUCAACCCUCAGAGAUCAUCAUAGAAUUCACACAGGGGAGAAAUCAUUUCAGUGUAAUGAAUGUGGGAAGACUUUCGGCCAGAAGUCAAACCUUAGGAUACAUCAGAGAAUUCACGGUGGUGAGAAAACAUAUCAAUGUAAUGAAUGUGAAAAAUCCUUCUGGCGAAAAGACCAUCUCAUUCAACAUCAGAAAACACACACAGGAGAGAAACCAUUUAAAUGUAAUGAGUGUGGGAAAACUUUUGCCCGGACAUCAACCCUUAGAGUUCAUCAGAGGAUUCAUACUGGGGAGAAACCAUUUAAGUGUAAUGAAUGUGGGAAAAAAUUUGUCCGGAAGGCAAUCCUUAGUGAUCAUCAGAGAGUUCAUACAGGGGAGAAACCUUUUCAGUGUAACAAAUGUGGGAAAAGUUUUGGCCAGAAAUCAAACCUCAGAAUACAUCAGAGAAUUCACAGUGGGGAAAAAUCUUAUGAAUGUGAUGAACUUGGAAAAUUGUAUAAGAAGUCAACUCUAAAUGUUUGCCAGAGAAUUCAGGGAGAGGGAAAACCCUAUUGAUAAUAAUAACUAUGGAAAAUCCUUCUGUCUGGAAGACCAAGCCAUUUGACUCCAGAAAACCCACACAUAUAAGUAUGAAUGUAGGAAGAAUUUUAUCCAAAAAGCAACCCUGAAAGUCUAUCAGAGAAUAGACAUAGGCUGAUAUUUCAAAGCCCUUUUGAAAGAAGCCAUGCCCUUUAGAUAACUCAGAAAAUUUCCUAGUCUCCCUUUCCUCCAUGUAGGUCUUUGGACUAUGGAUGCUCAUGUUUUAUG